AUGGUCAACACAGUCAUCACAACUUUUAUCCCGCAGCGGUGUCGUGGUAGUUCGCCUCUUCUCUACGUGCAGAUUCUUCUAGUUAUCAUCAGUGAUGUGAUUAAUUUUAUCUCUCGACCAUUUGAUAGCAAAGAAAAAGAAGUCCUGGUAACAAUCUGUGCAUUAAAGUUAAAAAGAUGGUUAAUUAGGUUACUUUUCAAAGUUGUCUCCACUCUCUAUGGCGCUGUUAUGGUCGACGUUAUAUUAAACCUAAGUAAACCAUUGAUGGGAGGUCUUCGACCGCACUUUGUGACUUCUUGUCGACCUGAUUACAGCAAUAUAAAUUGUUCAAAAAGAUAUAUCACUGAAAAUGUUUGCACAAAUAAUGAAGAUGUGGUGGAUGCUGCAAGGGUAUCGUUUCCAUCUGGCCAUUCAACAGUAGCACUAUUUACUACCGUAUUCAUAGGGCUCUACUUACACUACGUUUUCAGCAAAAAGUAUCUCUUCGUCAAAGCCUUCCUUCAAACGGUAUUGUUUAGUCUCGCAGUUUUUAUUUGUUCCUCUCGAAUUUCGGAUUAUGCUCAUCAUUGGUACGACGUACUUGCUGGUGCUAUACUAGGCUCAACUGGAUCUCUUUACACAGUGUACGUUCUGCUACAAUUGCCAUUAGAAAGCAAGAACUUCCCUGGUUCUCGUGAAAUUGAUGAAAAAGAAUAUGAGAAUUCAUUAAACGAGCAUUUAAAGUUCCUAAGACGGCAACAAAUCAGAUCUCUACAAAACAACUAAGGAAUAUAGUGACAAAAUUGUAAUUUUUUAAUAUAACAGAGGGUGUUUGUAGGGACACUGCCCUCAAUAGUUUUUUUAAAAUGCAUUGAUUUCGGCAUGUAUGGCGCUGCUUUGUUCUAGGAGCCUGCAACUCUUGAAAUGAAAUAAAUAGUGCCAAGCAUAGUAUUAUUACUCGUGAGUUUCAACGACAAGUCUGUGAAAGUCUUCCAAUGAAAAUGUUUCAAAAGUCACGUGUCUUCUUAUGGCGAAAAUGAAUUAUAGUGCAUGGUUCGACAAUGUAGCAAUCAUGAGGAGCAAUUGCGUACCUAUUACCGAGUAUUGUACACAUAAUAAUACAGGUGAAUUUAUUUAAUAGUGCGAGUGCUACGGCAUAUGAGUGUACUAAGCAUCUAUAAUAAUAGCCGUAUUCUGUUACGGGAACACGGAUAAAUAGAGGAAGCGCGAACCCGUGAAUUUAUCAUCAUGAUGACAAUGUUGAUUUUGAA